CUACAAAAUGGUGUACCUUCAGUUCCUCUUUCUCGUUCUGACUUCUCUCCUCUAUCACGGAAGUGUCCAGGCUCAAUAUACACAUAGCAAACUAAUAAUAAAUGGUGCCAAUGCAGCUCCUAAACUAAUUCCGAAUCAAGUCUUUGUUGACCAACACCUAUCGGAUUCAAUCAAAACAAUAAAGGACGCAAAUGAUUUCAAGACUCAGCUGGCGAAUGCAGGCGAGAAGCUCGUCGUCAUUGCCUUUUUUGCCACUUGGUGUUCACCCUGCAAGAAGAUUGAACCCAAGCUUAAGGAACUCGCCCAACAAUAUACUGACAAGCUUAUUAUACUCAAGGUUGAUGUUAACAAGUGUGAAGACAUUGCUAUGGAAAACAAUGUAUCCAGCGUGUCCACGUUCCUGUUCCUAAAGAACUCCAAGAAGGUUGAUCAGUUUUCCGGAUCAAAUGCCGCUAAACUGGCAGAUACUAUUGCAAAGCACAUUUAAACAACGCAUGAAAUGUCUAUUAAUGGAUUCUAUAUAACAAAUACACUAACAACAAAUUCAAGAAUACCUCUAAAAGACAAUUCACUUAACGUAAGAGUUGUUAAAAUUGUUUUUACGAAAAUGUAACAUUCAAAAUUAAAUUAAAUGCCUUUUGCAUUAUGGUUUCCACCCAAGAUUGUG